AUGAGUCAAGCUUCAGAAAAACUCCGUGGUGCGUCCCCGGUGGACGCCAGCACGCACUCAUCAACAGCACGCAUCAGGAUCCGGAAUUUCACCGGCACCGAGCACACCAUCACGGUUGACCCUAGCAAGGUGUCGAAAGUGGGCGACCUCUACAGCACGAAUUUCUUCUCGCUGUUCCUCAACCUGGAGACGGACCUGGUUCCGUCGCCCUCCUUGGUCCGCUGGAUCCAAAUUCGCGAUGAGGUGGAGGCGGACGACUCAGACGGUGCGAACAGUUGGUGUGAUGAUGGCGCAGAUCUUGACUACACGAAUCAUAGUGAUGGCAGCAGCGAAGCCGGGGAUAGUUCUGGGGAAGAAGCCACCGCGGACGGAAAACAAGGCGAAACAGCAGGAGAUAAGCACAGUGAUGCGACGCCGAGUGCUUUUCUUGAUGCGGGAUCGGAGAUGGAGUUCGGCAGAGAAAUUGCGUACCAGUUCGUCAUCGCGCACAGCGGGUUCAACCUGCGUCCUCGCGCGAAGGAGGAAUCGCCGGAGGAGUGGGAAACUCGUACGGUCGGGGUGGUUGACAGUCUGACAACCGUGGAAGACGCGCAAGCGUUCAUCUACGACCGCAUCUACGCCAAUAUACCGGCGAAAGAUUGGGACCUCCUGUACGUCGGGAACGGUUGCAUACCGGUCGCGCACCUGGUCCAGAAUGAGCCACCACGUGCUGCUGCGUCGCAACCUUUACCGGAUUCGCGGGGCCAAUGGAAUCUAGUGCGUGCAGCUGUUGCGAUGAGCGCUGAGGAGUGGCGAAAGCACGAGCUGCAGAGUGGUGGGCUGUACUUUAGUUUAGCGCUUCGCGAAGAUUUCUGCUUUAAGGUCGCAAGGGAAGUCUUCGGUAAUCGUUACGAGUUCGAGGUAGACGAGGACCACGAGAACGAGGGAGACAAGGGCCACGACCUCGCCGGGAUGAGCACCAGCAGGGAAGUCUACCUCGCCCUGUUGCAGCAGACGCUCGAAUUGGGAAUAGCUGCCGUGGAUUUCGAUUGGGUGGCAUUGAGAAUCGUUUGCGAUGCGAAUGAUCGUGGUACUGCAGACCGUUUCCGCGACUACAUGAAAUUGCUCAUCCAAUGCAUUGCGAGCAAAGGCCGCUUGGCGGAGAUGUCCUCUGCUAUCGAAGCUAAGCAUCUCGGCUGCAGAACGUUGAAAAAAUGCCUCUCGCCACACGCAUGCCUCUUUCUGGCACGCCUGAGGACAAAGCCGCUCGUAUACGAUGUCGCGUCUGCACGCAAAGACCUCGAGAACACACUCCGGGUGCACAUUGUCCACCAAAUGGACGCGAAGAUGAAAAUGCUUCUGAAAGCUUGGCGAUACCUCUCUGCGCUGCUCCAGGAGCUGGACAUCGACCAUGAUCUCCAGCCAAUCAUGCAGCCGCUACAAGAGGUCGAGGAUCUCAAGACCAACGGAGAAAGGCUCGAACACGCUGGAGUAACUGCCCAUUUCCGCGAAUUGAUGGAGCGAGAAUGCGAAAAGUACGAUCUCACUUGGUUAAAGUGGUCUGAUGUCGAGGAUCUGUGGCGGAAUGUGUGACUUGGCUCAGUGCGUCCGCACUGCUAAGAAGCCAAUGAAGCAAAGCAGGACAUUGUCCAAAAAAUGAACUCGUAUUUGAAGAGGAAAAGGCAACUGAUGCUUUCCUGGACCUUGCGAGCUUUUUUCUGAUUUCUUG